AUGCCUGUCAUCAGUAAAUCAGCAGCCCAGCAUGAAAGGAGAGGAUGGAUCCAGCGAUGCUGUGGGAGUGCCGACUGUGUUCAUGUGCAUAUUGCAGAUGCAGAGGAGAAGCCCAGGAUAAAGCUAACUGCUCCUAAAAUACCAGAGGGUGAGAAAGUAGAUUUUGAUGACAUCCAAAAGAAAAGGCAGAACAAAGACCUGAUUGAGCUGCAGGCCCUGAUUGACAGCCACUUUGAAGCCAGAAGAAAGGAAGAGGAAGAGCUGGUUGCACUCAAGGAGAGGAUUGAGAAGCGCAGAGCUGAACGAGCAGAGCAGCAGCGGAUCCGGGCUGAGAAGGAGAAGGAGCGCCAGGCAAGGCUUGCGGAGGAAAAGGCACGGAGAGAGGAAGAGGAUGCCAAGAGAAAAGCUGAGGAUGAUCUCAAGAAGAAGAAGGCUCUCUCCUCCAUGGGUGCUACAUACAGCAGCUACCUGGCUAAGGCUGAUCAAAAGAGAGGAAAGAAGCAAACAGCCAGAGAGACAAAGAAGAAGGUCCUGGCAGAGAGGCGCAAGCCCUUGAACAUCGACCACCUGAAUGAAGACAAGCUGAGGGACAAGGCCAAGGAGCUGUGGGACUGGUUGUACCAGCUGGAGACUGAGAAGUAUGACUUCACAGAGCAGAUCAAGAGGAAAAAAUACGAGAUUAUCACCUUCAGGAACCGGAUCGAUCAGGCUCAGAAGCACAGCAAGAAGGCUGGAGCCAAGGGCAAGGUUGGCGGACGCUGGAAGUAAAGAGCCAGGCAGGAUGGUCCUUAGCAGUGUGCCGAAGCCCUGCUGGCCUCCCCUCUCUUCCUUCACCAAUCACUUGUGUUCCCACGCCUCAGC